AUGGAGGAAGAGGCAGACGAAGAUACCUUGAAAACUCGACCAAGCGUAGUAAUUCCAUAUUUGCAAGAUUCAGAACAGCAUUUCUUCGAAAUAGUCGCCUACGGAAAUGUUGCAGACGUGAAACAGUUCCUCGAAGGAAAUCCGAAUUUUAAUGUCAAUAUCGUUGAUUUUCAGGGUGUCACCGCGCUUCACAUCGCCGUCCACGACAGGAACAUGCCGAUGGUGGAGUACCUGCUGUCCCAGCCUGACGUCGAUCCAGGCGACACUCACCUCCACGCAAUCAGGGACAACGAGAUGAAGAUCACGAUGGUUAUUUUAAACAAACUGAACGAAUUGUCGCCGGGUCUGGAGUACGCGAGCGUGUCGCAGAGCUCGGAUUUUCCGGACUACAGCACACCGCUAGCCGUCGCUGCACAAUGCGGACACUUCGAGAUGAUCAGCUUCCUUCGGAAAAGGAACCACAUACUUCCGAGACCUCAUCCGCCUAGCUGCAACUGCGAGGAAAUUUGCAAAAGAGACCGGGAUAAGUACGAUCUACUGACGAUAGAAAGGAUGCGAUUGUACGCGUACAAAGCGAUCACCAAUCCAGCCUACAUUUGCCAGACAGUCGACGAUCCUAUCUUGGAAGCGUUUAAUUUGUCUUACGAGCUGAUUAUGGCUGCCUCCUUCGACAAGGAAUUUUAUCACGAUUACCUAGGUCUCGCGAAGACAAUUACGCAAUUCGCUACCGACCUGAUCAGUUGCGCCAGAACCGUGGACGAAGUGGAGAUAGUUCUGAAACAGUCCACUGGAUUCGCUCAUUCGUCCAAGUUCUUGUACCCGAGGCUGUUGUUUGCGUUGCACAACAAACAGAGAACGUUCGUGGCUCAUCCGAAUGUACAACAGCUGAUUUCAAGCAAGUGGAUCGACGGCUGGUACGAAUGGAAGAUCAUGGGAUUAUGGAAGAAGUUGUUGACCAUAUUGCUACGCAUCUUCGUGCUUCCCGUGAUUCUGAUCGUGGUCAUGGUCGCGCCCCACUCGAAGAUUUCGAAAUUCUGGCAAUCACCUGUCAACAAAUUCAUCUCGUCCACCGCCAGCUACUUGAUGUUUCUCUUCGUCGUUUUCCUGAUGUCGAACGCCGACAAGAGCGAGCAACUUCGCGGACCACCUAACUCUGCGUACACCUGGAUUCUGAUAAUCUACGUUACUUCGUACACCUGGGGGUUGAUUCGUCUCUGCAUCAUACACGGACCGAAGAGAUUCUUCGCUGGACCUUGGUACUGGUUCGAGAUGAUCAUGAUAUUCCUCUUUAUUCUGACCUUCCUGUAUUGGAUCACCGCCGCUGUGGACGUGAGAAUACACGGGCAACUGGAAUUGGAGAGGAAAUACUGGAACGAGCAUGAUCCCACGUUGAUUGCCGAAGGAAUUUUCUGCUUGGCGACAAUAAUGGCUUUCCUGAAAUUGUUGUACGUCUGCCAGCUGGACUACUAUCUGGGCCCGCUUCAACUUUCCCUUGGGAAAAUGAUCAAAGACGUGGUCAAGUUCAUCUUUCUCUUCAGCAUCAUUAUUUUGGCGUUCACCGCUGGUACGUGCAAACUUUACCAGUACUACGACGAAAUGGUGCAGAUCGACGACGAAUCGAAAAUUAAGACCCAACAGGUGAGUUCGUUCGUGAAUUUCUCGGCCGCUUUGAAGACCCUCUUCUGGGCCCUUUUUUGCAUGAGCCCCAUCGAAAGCGCCGAUGUGAUAAUUGAGAAUCUUCCGGGUGAAUCAGAGAACGAAACCAUCGUCAAUCAUCACACGUUCACGGAGAUAAUUGGCUACAUAUCGUUUGCCGGGUUCACUUUCAUCGGCGUGAUAGUGAUUCUGAACAUGCUGAUCGCCUGUAUGUCGAACACGCUGACGAAUGUCACGGAAAACGUGAUCGUCGAAUGGACAUUUGCCCGAACCGAGACUUACGUCGAUUUUAUGCUCACGACCACGCUCCCACCGCCGUUCAACAUCGUUCCAACAAUUAUCGGUAUUCAACCGGUGAUCGAAUACGUGAAAGUAUUGUUGAAACCACCGACGGAUAAGCGUGCACGAUGGGACACGACUCACUGCUGUUUUAUCGAAACACUAGAGAGCAGCAUGGACAACCAGUUCUCCCUGACAAUGUCGCAGCUGGUGCAGCGCUACUUCCGGAAGAAGGACAAAGAGUUGGACGAGAACGAGAUGGAAAGAUUGACGAAAGAAAUCGUGGACCUGAGAAAUCUUUUGAGAGAAGCUCUGACCACCGAAUGA